CGGGCACUGAAGGACCGCAGAUCAGCUCUGAGUGGCAGGCGCUGGCUUGCGGUGCGGACCGGGGCUCCGGGCUCGCCAGGUGUGUCCUCCCACAGACUUCCCGAUGACAGGGUGCAGCCCUGUGCUGACCGUGCGGCAUGCCAUGGGUGUCCCUCCCACAGUGGUGUGGAGAGGCCUCUUCGGAAGGGACAUCUUUGUAGCCCGGACUCUGUGCAGCUCGGGCCCCAGCCAGCCCCGAGAGAAAAGACCAGAGGAGGUGGCCCUUGGCCUGUACCAUCACCUCACGGCCCUGGGAAGAGCCCUGGGACACAGCGUUCAGCAGCAAGCCUCCUCCAAGGCCAAGACUUGGUGGAAAAGAUAUGAAGAGUUUGUUGGGCUCAAUGAGGUUCGAGAGGCCCAGGGAAACGUGACUGAGGCAGAGAAAGUAUUCAUGGUGGCUCGGGGACUUGUCAGAGAGGCCCAGGAAGCCCUGGAAGUUCAGCAGGUCAGGCUGAAGGAGGUGAGAGACCGCUUGGACCGCAUCUCCAGAGAUGACAAUCAGUACCUGGAGCUGGCCACUCUGGAGCACAGGAUGCUGCAGGAGGAGAAGAGGCUUCGCGCAGCCUAUACACGUGCUGAAGACUCUGAAAGAGAGAAGUUCUCCCUCUUCUCCGCGGCUGUGCGGGAAAGUCACGAGAAGGAGCGUACGCGGGCUGAGAGGACCAAGAAUUGGUCCCUCAUUGGCUCGGUCUUGGGGGCCCUGAUCGGUGUGGCAGGCUCCACUUACGUGAACCGUGUGCGGCUUCAGGAGCUGAAGACCUUGCUCCUAGAGGCGCAGAAGGGGCCUGUGAGCCUCCAGGAGGCCAUCCGAGAACAGGCGUCCAGCUACUCCCUCCAGCAAAGGGACCUCCAUAGCCUCGUGGCAGAUCUAAAGGGCCUGGUCCAAGCCGGUCCAGGCUCUGGGUCCCCGGCGGGAACUUCCUCCAGCCGAGAAAGAGACACAGAUGCUCUUUCCUCUGCCUUGAAAGAGCAGCUCAGUCACUCCAGGCAGGUCCAUUCAUGUCUGGAAGGCUUACAAAAGCAACUGGAUGGCCUGGAAAAAACUUUUAGCCAGAUGACUGGGGCGGUGCAUCUUGCAAAGGCUGCAGCCCUCCAGGACUUCUUGGAGCCUGAAGACGGGGCUCGGCCUCGCUCUCUGCUGGAACAUGGAAGCGUGAUCUUGGCGCUGUCAGACAUGGAGCAGAAGCUACAAACCCAGGUCAACAGAAACUCCGUCUAUAGCACCCUGGUCACCUGUGUAACAGUUGUGGCCACCCUGCCUGUGCUCUACAUGCUGUUCAGGGCUAACUAGCCCCCGGACCAUCCUCCUGAGGGCCUGGUGGGGACGGGUGGAUGUGGGUUUAUUUAGAAAGUUCCUGUCCUGAGCUUUGAGUGCUUGUCCCCUCAGCCCCUCUGUGCGGUUCCCUCACUGACUCUGAGCUUUCUAGACGACACUUGUUUACACUAAUUAGCGGAACUGCUAAGGCCCAAUGAAGACGUCUUUCUUAGUUUCUCUUUCUUAAAGGUCCGGCCUAAGGAUCCUGGUUCGAGCCCCGGCUCCCCACCUGCAGGGGGAUCGCUUCACAAGUGGUGAAACAGGUCUGCAGAUGUCUAUCUUUCUCUCCCCCUCUCUCCCCUUCCCUUUCAAUUUCUCUGUCCUAUCAAGGGAAAAAAAAAAAAAAAAGUCACUGGAUUCAUAGUACCAGCACCAAGCCCCAGUGACUGGAGGCAAA